UGCACCUGUUAAACGACUUGAGUGGUGGGGAGAAGAGUCAGAGAAGAGAGGGAUGGGAAGACCCAAACAGACUUGGAUUAGAGUAAUCAGAACUGAUAUGCGUCUUCUUGGGUUGAAUGAGAGUAUGGCUUUGGAGAGAGCACAUCCAUGUAGACGAUUGAUGUCUUGUCUACCUUUCCUCUCUUGUUUCUUUUAUCGUUUAUCUUCCUUAUAUUUUUAUAUUUUUAUGUUAUUUUUAUCUUCUAGCUUUUUAUGCUCUUUUAUUUAUUUUUCUUUUAUCUUGGUUAUAUUCUUGUGUUAUUGUUAUCUUAUAUUUAUGUAUCUUUAUUUUAUUCAUUUUAUCUUACUUUUUUUCCUUUUCUUGUCCACCUUCUCUUUUUGGCAUCGAUAUCAUAGAUCGAUUCAUGUUAGCCAACCCCAAAUUCUUUUGGGAUUAAGACUUGGUUGUUGUUGUAUUGUUUUAGGGUAAUGGAAGGGGUAGCGGCAGCUGAGUGGCGCUAUAUAGAGAACGACAAUUCCAGUCGAGGCACGGUCAUCAAGGAUGAUGGAGGAGGCAAUUGGGUUCAGUUGCAGCCGACGGAGAAGGAGAACAUGAAGAUUUGCGGCAGGGAGGCGGCGUCGGAAGAACGGAGGUGGUGAAGAAGAAAGCGGUAGUCGAGAGAGGAAGAAGGAGCCUAUGAAGAAGAGGAUGCCGAAGAAAUAAGAAGAGGAUGCGUAAGAAAUGUGGAAAAAGAGAGAGGACGGCGGGGUUUGUUAAGUCACUUAUUUGUCCAAAUCUAAAUUGAUAAUAUUUUUGUCCGACCAAACUCUAGCAGUAAUACUAUACCAUUUUUCAAUUAACUAUCUACCGAUUUUUUUCAUUUUGUAAAUGGAAUUAUUUUGGUACCGACGAUUCUUUUUGAAAAAAAAUUAUGUUUCACGUGAUCUUUCAUGUUCCACUAUUUCCUCGGGAGUCACGUGGUUCUACGUACACGCUCCCGCGUUUGAACCUUCCCUCCCUUCUGUCCUCCUUCUCCAUCAAGGCGCGUUGUCAUCACAAACCCCAGAAAAAUGGCGUCGGCAUUUCUUUAUAUUGCUCGAGCCCGGCGUUCAUUUAUUUCUGAUCCGCAAUCGGAAUUCCUUGAUUUCAGCCACUUUUUAUCCUUCCCAAAGCGCUCCCUGUUAAGGCCUAAACCACAUAUCUGCAUUGCUCCAGUUGAUCUUGGUCAAACUGCUUAGCUUAAUAGAAAGGGGAGAAUUGUAUGUCGUUAUACGUAGUAUCAAUGUGUGUGGUUAUUUUGAAUGUAGAGAUCAAAGGAAUGCGGAAACAUGUGCAACUUGUGCACCUCGAAACAACUUAGGGGGAGUUUGAUUCUCUGAAUGUGAGGUAGCGGAGGUAAUAUACCAAUACCAUCAUUAUAUUGCAUCCCUCGGGUUUUGAUCACAGCUAUUCUAUUUAGAGUUCUAAAAAGCGUCCGUUAAGAGGGCUCAGGGCAAUAGAUUUGUGCCUAGCAUAAGGUUUUGUGCUUUGAUGGCCCAUGGAGGGAUGACUUCUCUUAUGGAGAGAUAUGAAUUAGGAAGGCUACUUGGGCAAGGCGCGUUUGCUAAGGUAUACUAUGCCAGGAGCAUCAUAACGGGACAAAGUGUUGCCAUUAAAGUCAUAGACAAGGAAAAGGUUUUGAAGGUUGGAUUGACAGAUCAAAUCAAACGGGAGAUAUCCGUUAUGAGGCUUGUGAGGCAUCCAAACAUCAUUUUACUCUAUGAAGUCAUGGCCACCAAAACCAAGAUUUAUUUCGUGAUUGAAUUAGCCAAAGGUGGUGAGCUCUUCAACAAGCUGGCUAAAGGAAGGUUAAAAGAAGAUGUUGCCAGGAAAUAUUUCCAUCAGUUGUUAAACGCGGUUGACUUUUGUCAUAGUCAAGGGGUCUAUCAUCGUGACUUGAAACCCGAAAAUUUACUCUUAGACGAAGAUGGAAACAUGAAAGUCUCUGAUUUCGGUUUGAGUGCUCUUGCUGAAUCGAAGCGCCAAGACGGGCUACUUCAUACCACAUGUGGGACACCUGCCUAUGUGGCACCCGAGGUCAUCAACAUGAAAGGGUAUGAUGGCGCGAAAUCAGAUAUAUGGUCAUGUGGGGUCAUCUUAUACGUGAUGUUAGCCGGGUAUCUUCCAUUUCAUGAAUCAAAUUUGAUGAAAAUGUACAGGAAGAUUGGAAAAGCCGAUUUCCGAUGCCCGAAUUGGUUCCAACCAGAGCUUCGGAGGCUACUUUUGAGAAUGUUGGAUCCUAACCCUUCUACUAGAAUUUCUAUUGCUAGAAUUCGAGAGCAUCAAUGGGUUAAAAGGGGAAUGAAAUCUCAAUUUGAUCAUGCUAGAGAUGAAAAACAAGAAUCACUGAGAGUAUUGAGUUUAAAUGCAUUUGAUUUAAUCUCUCUUUAUUCUGGCUUUGACUUGUCAAGGUUAUUUCAAGAAACUUGUUUGGAGAAAGUGUACUAUAUCACUUCCUCAAAACCUCCAUCCACCAUCAUAAACAAACUGGAACACAUUGCAAAAAGUCUGAAGCUGAAUUUGACCAAAAGAGAUGCAGGAGUUUUGAGGUUUGAAGGAGCCAAGGAAGGUAGAAAGGGGACAUUGUCCAUUGAUGCAGAAAUCUUUGAGCUCACUCCUGCUAUUCAUUUGGUGGAGUUGAAGAAAUCCAACGGGGAUUUGCUUGAAUAUGAUCAGAUAAUAAAUGAUGGCAUAAAACCUGUACUCGAAGACAUUGUAUGGGCCCCAAAGCAACUGAAACUGGCCACAAUGGAAUAAAACCUUUAUUCUAAUACAAUUACGGAAAUUCAAUUAAAUGCACACACCUUGUACAUUGUUAUGGGCCACCGUCACUAAUUUGUGUUUUUUAUUUACCAUAUUUUUUCUUGAGCUAUCCUAGGUAAGUAGGUGUUCUUGCCGGGUUUAGAGUUGGAAAUCAAUGUCAUCUUUAACAAACGCUGAUUGUUUGUACAGGUUAUAUAUAUUGUUAGAAUUAUAGAUUCUCAUGUUCAUUUAUCUAAUAACCCUCUUUAAUGUGCAACACUGCAACGGAAGGGAUUUCAUUUCUCCAAUAAUUCGAAUGCAUUAACAAACAUACUCUCA